AUGGACGAGUCGUCGCUGAUCAAGGCGCACGAUCACGCCAGAGCCGCCUCCAACGCACAACACCAGUCGGAAACCACAGUCGCCAUCAACGAACAUGCCCUUGCCGCCGGCGAGUUCGCCAACGCUGCCCGCGUGACCACGAGCAUCGAAGCACUUCGCACCCUGAAACUCCUUGAGGAGCACCACCAGCGCCUCUCCGAACUUCUCAAGCUGCCCUCGACCGCCGCGCGAGCCAGAACACCGAGACCAUCGACGAGAAGCAGGAAUCCCAGGCCUCCGACGCAAGCGACGCCUCCUCUCCCGACGAUGCCAGAUCGAAAGCAGGUUCAGCAGCGCCGGUAUCCCAGCCGCGAGAUGACUUCGUCGAUCGCGAGCAACCUCGCAUCAGCGCGCGGCAUCCGAUCGAGCAGGAACCGCAGCCAGCCCAUUCCACCGAGCGUUACAAACGACCAAGCACCAGGGAACAUGGAGGUUCAGGCGCGGCGCGACGGAUCCAGGACUAAGAUGCAAAACGUCCUCGACCAAUCCGGCAAGCCGGGAUGGAUCCCGCCAACGGGCAACCCCGAAUCCUCGCGACGAGAAGCCGAAUAUAGGAAGGCGGAAGAAGCUGCUUCACCGCCUAGCGACGACGGAUACUCCCGUUUCUACAGCACCUUUGGCAGCAUUAUCAACCGCCUCUCUGCUCCCCUGGCCUUCGCCGGUCUACCUCUCAUUGCAGAAGAAACCCCCUCCACCCCAGAACCCUCCGAGACACCGGAACCGGCACCGAUAAAGCGCAACCGGCACAAAUCCCCCGCGGCUCCCGCUGAGCCGGACCUAUCCAAGAUCUACUCCCGCGCGACCCUCCGCGCCAUCUCAGCCCACAACCCCAACGACUCAUUCUACGUUGUCCCCACGAGUGGGCACACCGUCUCGUACGCCAACAUCCUCAACUUCGCGGACAAGGAGAAGCGCCGCCUCGAGGCCUCGCUCCACGGCGGAGACAGCUUCGUCGAGGACGACGACGAUGACUUCGUCGACGCCCGUGAGUCGCCGUCCGCACCCCUGUCGCCCGGUGCCAGACGUCGUGUCGGCGGUAAGCCGUCCCGUUCCGAGCAGAAUCUGUCCAACACCGUCGAGGAGCUGUACCUCGAGAACAAGGGGCUCAAGGACAUGCUGGACAAGCUGAGCAAACGGCUCCACGCCUUUGAGGCUACCGCGCAGAACUCGAGUCUCGCGCUGGCGGAGAGCAUUCGGCUGAGGCGGCCAGGGUCGCCUUCCUCUGCCGCAGUCGGUGUGUCAGUCGCGGCAGGCGGGGACGCAGUGCUGCGGGUGCGGAACAAAGAGCUGGAGGAACAGAUGGCCAUGGCAAUACAGCGCAUGGAGGCCCUGGAGAAGGAGAACAAGAGCAUGGCGCGGACGCUGGAGAAGUACCGCGAGAAGUGGGAGAAGCUCAAGGCCGGCGCCAAGGCGCGGCGUCAGGCCCAGGGGACGGCGGAGAGUGCCGAGGCGGACGAGGCGGUGGCGGCGGCAGCAGCGAGCGGGAGCUGA